UUUCUCCACCUCCGAUGCCACCAACUCCAAAUUUGUAUCCCCAGUGCUUUUCGGUAAGCUACCUCCCUUUUCUGUGGAGCUAUGGCUUCCUCGAGCUGCAGCUCCACUUACGUGGAGCCAUCAAGCUACCUUACGACUCUGUAAGGAAGACGCUAGACUCCUACACUCUCCUCUCUAUCCACAUUUUCUUUUACUCUCACUUCUCCAUUAAACCUUAAUUAUCUAUUUCCACCAUGGCGAACAAUCGCACAGGCUUCGGCCGGUUCCGUGGCUCCUUGGAAGACCUAGUCGGCUCCUUACCCAUCACCGAGCCUCUCUUAAGCGGUCGAAGCCCACUAGAAUACUUCUACGGUCUCCCGUACCGGCCUAGCCAGCCAUCGCCUUCACCAUCCCCCCACACUGGAUCCGCUCUCACCGGCCUUUCUGACCCAGAAAACGAAACUGAUAAUAUCGAGGAUGGCGUUAUUGCGGUUCCCGGUCAAGUCCCCGUUCCCGGCCGGGUUCCAGGCUCCAGGCACAACAUUUUCGUCCCCGGAAGGGGGUCUAGACCUGGGUCUAGACCUGGUGUUGCUCCCACCGUCAGUGGUCAACAUGUUAGGCGUGUAACCCCCCCCCAAGUUCCUUCGCCUGGAAAUCGUGCGAUUCCUCCCGGUCGCCGACCUCCUCCCGCGCGAUCUCCCUCCCCUUUUGGCUCCCUCGCGUCGCUCCACGAAAAGACUCCUUACCUUCCUGACGAGGAGGAGGGAGGAGAAGCUUUCGAGUCUUCUCAUAAGUUAUCUGAAAGAGAGCCGCCGUCCCCGCCGUCCCCGCCUUCCCCGCCUUCCCCGCCGUCCCGUCGGUCUCAGCUUCCGCCGGCGCCGGCGGCGCUAGUGCGCGUGGUUAGUCGAGCGCGGGAGGACGGGACCACGUCGUUAAAGAGCUCGAUAUUUAAUCUCUCGAACACGAUGAUCGGCGCGGGAAUGAUGGCGCUGCCAGCAGCUAUGAACGUCCUAGGGGUCGUGACCGGGAGUCUAGCGCUUAUCUUCGUGGCGCUCCUGACUUAUGGGUCUGUCAUGGCGAUGGUUCGCUGCACCGUCGCCGCCGCUGCUGCGGCUUCUUCCCCGUCUGAGGAGUCUCCGGGCUAUCAGGGCUCUUCCACGUCAGAUGAAGCGGCGGGAGCAGCGUCAAGAGGGAGAGGGGGUAGGCAGGGAAACGCCAGAGAAUCUGGAGCGACAAGAAGGGUGUAUGCGAGCGUUGGCAGUAGUAGUAUGAGGGAUGAUGAGAGACUGAGCUAUAAUCACACUGUGGCGACCGCUCUGGGAAGCACGGGACGGCUGGUGCUGCAGGUGUCGAUAGUGGUGAACAACCUCGGCCUCAUGAUGGUGUUCCUCGAUAUCAUCGGCGAUGUGCUUGUAGGCAGCAGCACUGGGCCUGGCGUCCUGCCACUGGAUCAGCUGCACUUGUCCCCAGACGUGGCCAGAAAGUCUGUCCUCGCUAUAGUCAUCCUCCUUAUUCUGCCUCUCUGCCUGCAAGAUAGACUUGGAUCCAUGAAGGUUGCGAGCAAGAUCUCAGUGGCGCUUGCCAUUGCGUUUGUGCUGCUCGUGCUGCUGCUGUCUGGAGGGAAGAUCGCUGCCGGCGCUGCCACCAUGCCGCCUCCCUUUGCCAUGACCGGCCAUGCUCUCGCUGUUUUCAGCGUCAUCAACGUUGUCACAAACGCCUUCAUAUGCCACUUUAAUGUCACCCCCAUAUACAGAGAAUUAAGAGACCGGUCUCUCCCCCGCAUGCGCACAGUGGUGCGCUGCUCUGUCAUCAUCACCACGCUCAUCUACCUCGCAGUCGGCAUCUUUGGGCUCGUUCUAUUCGGCCCGGACGUGCACACAGACGUGCUCUACGACUUUGACACCAGCCUGGAUGUUAUUCCAGGGAUGAGCCCGGUUAUUGCGGCCCAUGCUGUGGCUCUAGGGCAGGGAGUUAAGGUGGGGUAUGCGGUUUCCAGGGUGCUCUCGCUGCCCCUGGCGCUGUUUCAGCUGAGGCUGGUCGUGGCGUCGCUGCUGUCUUCGUGUCUGGGAAGGAAAGGGAGAGGAGGGAGGGAUGAGGGGCGAACUAGCAGCAGCAGCAGCAGCAAAAAUGGGGUAAUGAUUGGGGCAGGUGAUUGUAGCACCAUGGAGAGAACCAGGGUGAGUUCCCUUGGUUAUAUUCAGGUGGAUGGGAAUGAGGGUGGGGAGGAGGAGGCAGGUGAGGAGGGGGAGGGAGAAAAUGAGGAGGUCGAUUCAGAGGAUGGGGAGGAGAGUGGAGAAGAGAUGGAAGAGGAGGAGGGGGAGGAGGAGGAAGCACGGCUCGAAGAGCUUCGAAAGGCAGAAGAAAAAGCAACCAAGAGGAGACGUUUCUGGCGCCAAGUCCGAUUCGUACUCCUUACAGUGUUCCUCCUCGUUUUAGCCUUUUGUGGAGCGGUGCUGGUGCCGGAUAUCUGGAUAGUGUUUCAGUUUAUGGGGUGCACUGCAGCCGUUAUUAUAGGGUUCGUUUUCCCCGGGCUUGUGGCAUUGAAGGCCAAGGGAGGGACUGCUUCUCUCUCUGAUGCAGUGGUGGCGUGGCUCCUGGUGUUGGUGGGCGUUGCUGUGGGCGUCAUUGGCAUUGUCGUCAACAUUAUUGUGCUCUCAGCAGAUGGCAUGCAUUGAUGGAAGCAGUGUGGUGUGCAUUGAGGCAGCAACAUGCAUAAGCUGCAGGCAGUUAGGUUAGGUGGUAUCAGUGCAGGGUCUGUUAGCCCUGGCCUGGGCUUGUGGCACUGAAGGCCAAGGGAGGGACGGUGUUGCUGUCUGACGCAGUGGUGGCGUGGCUCCUGGUGUUGGGCAUUGCUGUGGGCGUCAUUGGCAUUGUUGUCAAUGUCGUCGUGCUCUCAACUGAUUGUCAGCGUAAAAACGAAUCACACGGAAGAGCCACACAGAACAAAUACCAGUUGGUUGUACUCGCUAGAAGCACACACUUAGUCUAGCCUAUAACUUCUACAUAUAUAAUAUGUAUAAGUUGACACACCCCCUAGGCUAGAUAAGGGGUGGUGCUAGGCAAGAAG